CGAAAAGUGCGGGGAAUAUCUUCUUCUUUGAAACAAUAACCAAUUGAAGUCAGUUUCUUUUCAAUUGCAGCUUGAUUCCAGUGAAGGAUUGAAAUUCAUGGGAUUUCAUGAACUGGGCUGAAUCUGUGGAAGAUGAAGAUGAAGGUGAUAACCACGAGACUUCCUAACUCAACAGGUAAUCCUUCAUUCGUUUUUACCUUUCUGCACAAAAAAGAUGGAUUUCAUUCCGCUGCUGGUAAUGCUAAUGCUACUAGUACAGAUAGAUUUAAACAAACCCAUUUGGAAUCGGACAAUUUGAUUCAAACUCGAUGCAAAUCUGGAAAAAUUAGGAAAGAUGAAGCAUUGGGUUACUUCGAUUCCAUGAUUCAAACCAAACCCUUGCCCUCUCUUGGGACUUUCAGUUGUUUGUUUGGGGCACUCUCCAAGAUGAAGGAGUAUUCUGCUGUCGUUUCUAUGUGUAAACAGUUGAUGUGUUGCGCUCAAUUUCGACCUGAUGUCUGUACAAUGAAUAUUUUUCUGAAUUGCUUGUGCCGUCUGAACCGGGUGGACUUGGGUUUCUCUGUUUUAGCAAUUACCCUUAAAUACGGUCUUCAACCCGAUUCUUAUUCUAUAAGUAUUUUACUUCACGGGCUUUGCAAGUACAGUUCCUGGGAUGAGGCAAUGGAGCUGUUCAAGUUAAUAGAAGAGAAGGGAUACACAUGCAAUGAAAUCACUUAUGCUACCAUGAUCAAUGGACUAUGCAAGGCUGGGAAAACUUCGAAGGCACUCGAGAUACUAAUGAAGAUGUGGGAAGAUGGAAGAUUGAAGCCCAACCAAAAUUGCUACAAUCCAAUUAUGGAUAGCCUCUGUAAAGAAAGACGAAUAGACGACGCCUUGACCCUAUUUCGAGAUAUGAUCAGCAAAAGUGUUGUACCAGGUAUUAUCACUUAUUCCACAUUGAUUCAUGGGUUAUGCAACACGAGCCGCUGGGAAGAAAUGCUCUCUCUUUUUGAAGGAAUGGUAGAUCAAGGAGUCAAGCCUAAUGUUAUCACCUACAACACUCUAAUUUAUGCAUUGUGCCAAUCGGGGAGGAUGGAAAAGGCCAAGAGCUACUUGAUUUGCAUGCUUAACAGUGGAAUUUCACCAGAUGUAUACACAUAUAGUAUUCUUAUCAGCAGUCUUUGCAAGGAAGAAAAAAUUCAAGAAGCGCUUACUCUGUUGGAAAAUAUGACAACGAAAGGCAUAAAGCCUGAUGUUGUCACUUUUACUUCCUUGAUUUCUGCAUCAUGCAAGUCUGGUAACUGGGAGGAAGGUGUGAGGUUAUUCAAAACCAUGAUUGGUUAUGGAGCCUUGCCUAAUAUUGUUACAUAUAAUUCUGUACUGGAUGCUUUAUGCAAGGAAGGGAAGACAGCAGAGGCACUGAAUCUUGUGGAAGAAAUGAUCAGUAGGGGGGAAAAGCCUAAUGUUGUGACUUACAGCUCCUUAAUUAAUGGAUUGUGCCGGACCAGCCAAUGGAGAGAAGCCACAAGGUUGUUUAAUAGAAUGCUGGAUGAAGGUAUUGCCCCAAAUGUUAUAACCUAUAAUAAUAUGAUAAGUUCUCUAUGCAAGGAGGGGAGGACCGAGGAAGCCCUCAGUAUGUUAAAGUUAAUGACUCAAAGAGGUCUGAUACCUGAUGUAUCACUUAUAACAGUUUAAUCCGUGGCAUGUGCCGUACAGCUCAAUGGGAAGAAGCCACAAGGUUGUUUGAUGAUAUGGUAGGCCGGGGACUCUUGCCUGAUACCGUUACUUUGGUAAUACUUUUGGAUGCUAUCUGCAAAGGUAGGAUGACAGAAGAGAAUCACAAAAUAUUUGAGGCAACAAUUGAAUACGGUAUGAAACUUAGUACAAUAACUUGCAGUAUGGUGGUUAAUGAAUAUUGUUUGCAUGGCAGAAUGGAUAAGGCAAAGGCGUUCUUGAACUUAAUGGUGGUUAUGGGUUAUGCGCCUGAUAUUGCUUCCUAUAAAACCUUGGUCAGCGGCUAUAUAAACGUUAACAGAAUAGGUGAAGCUUUGAGGCUUGUUAAAGAAAUGAUCCAAAUAGGAUUGAUGCCUGAUCUAGAAAUGCAACAAACUUUGGGGCGUUUUCGUCGUAAAAGGCAUAUUGGAUUAGCAGAGUAAAGCUCAAAUUGUCCAACACAUAUAUUUGUAUCCUGAUUGUUGACAUUGUUGAUGUUCCUUAAACACAACCAGCUAUAUGAUGUUUUAUACAACCUGCAAACUUUCGGUUGACUCUUCCUGUGGAAACAUUUCUGUGGGCUUUUAAAUGCUUAGAGCAAGAUGGAAUUCUAUUCCAUUAACUA